AGUGAUCAUGUCUGCCCAGGACUCAUACUUAUCGGCUCGAGCCAGCUUGAUUGCAGAAGAGAGGUCUUUGCGAUGUGACGCUGCCUACAUACGCACCGCCUCAAAUGAGGAACUGAAGGCGGAUGAGAUUAUCCGGACCAUCCGAGCAGAAGAGGCUAAAUCCAUCUGGUCCGUAGAGCAUGAAGAUGUCACCAACACUUUUCCAGGAAUGGAAUUUCUGUCGGCAAAGAAGCUCGUCAUGAAAACCAAAGUAUUUCAGAUCCUCCAGAAGAUGCCCAAGGGUGGUUUACUUCACGGUCAUCUGGAUGCCAUGGUGGAUGUUGCGUUUCUUCUCAAGCUGGCACUUGAGCAACCUGCAAUCCAUGUUCGCACACCUGAAGUCCUUACAGACGCGAAUAUCAAGACUCUUAUUCCCGAAUUCCGUGCACUUCCAUCCGACGAGUUCACCAAUGCGAAAAGCCUUACUGACGGUUAUGUUCCUGGCACAUGGGUUAACAUCAAACAAGCAAGAGAAUCGUUCAGUCCUUCUCUGGGCGGACCAAGUGGAUUCGAUUCAUGGUUUAUAAGAACACUGACCAUAAAUCCGAGUGAAGCCUACGGAACGCAUAAUACCGUGUUUAAGAUCUGGGAAAAGUUCUCGACCACAUUUCUAAUUACGUCUGGUAUCACCACCUUUGCGCCGAUUAUGUGCAAAUAUAUUCGGGAGUUCCUUCGUUCUUCCGUAGAAGAUGGCAUUUCCUACGUCGAAAUUCGGGUGCCAUUUUUUAACAAGCUCACAGUUCGGGAGAAUGGCCAAUGUGAUUUUACCCAUCGCGAAUGGGUGAUGAUGUUUGAAACGGUGCUAAAUGAAUUCAAGGAUGAGAUGAAGGCGCAGAAUCGUUCUGACGAGUUCUUUGGAGCACGUAUCAUAUAUUCGACUUUACGAGCCAUGUCGGUCGAAGAACUCGAUUGGUAUCUUGAAGAUUGCAUACAACUGAAGCAGGAGUUCCCGCACUUGAUUGCAGGCUUUGACCUCGUCGGUAACGAGAAUACCCUAUACCCUCUGAUCUACUAUAUAGAGCCACUAUUGCGCUUUAAGAAGCGUGUUGCUGACCUCGGACUGGACCUUCCGUUUAUCCUCCACGCAGGAGAAACACUGGGCGAUGGCUCAGAAGCGGACGACAAUCUGUACGAUGCAAUUUUGCUUGGGACAAAACGCAUCGGACAUGGUUUCUCACUUGCUAAACAUCCGAAGCUUAUUGAGAUAGCGAAAGAAAGGGGUAUCUGCAUUGAGAUGUGUCCGAUUUCUAACGAGAUCCUACGCUUAACUUCAUCUAUGCCUGCACACCCACUCCCAAUAUUAUUGAACCAUGGUGUGAAAAUCGCGUUAAAUUCUGACGACCCUGGUAUCUUUGGCAAUAUGGGCUUGUCAUAUGACUUCUUCCAGGUCUUUGUCGCCAGCGAGGUCAGCGGAUUGAUCACGCUCAAAGCACUUGCUCGGCAAAGCAUUGAAUACUCGACACUGGAUGACAAGGAGAAAGCAGCAGCAUUGGAUGCUUGGGAGAGACGUUGGACCCUAUUCGUGAAAGGUAUUAUGGAUGGCUCGAUCCUUUCAUCCUAACAUCAGAAGCAAGCAGUAAAGAAUAUAUGUAUUACAAAUGCACAGUGCUGUUAUUAUUCUACGCUUUCCAGCAGUCCCGUCCAACA